UUAAUAUCUUGCGCUGCAAACUGAAACCUUUGCUCCUAUGCCUGCAAGCACCAAGCACAACGUGGCUCACAUAAAUUAAUCAAGUUAAACAUGCACACACACACCCUUCUGCCACCACAGUUCGUUGUCAAGAUAAGAUAGAAGUUGCAGUUUUUCAAAACUGGCUAGCUACUUUGUUUAAUUUGCUGCCUUGUACCAUACUUAUUUAUAUAGUGGUGUAUAGAUAGAUAUAGUGUACAAAUUGCACUUCUCAGAUAUGGUAAGGGCUCCUUGUUGUGAGAAAGUGGGAUUGAAGAAGGGAAGGUGGACAGAGGAGGAAGAUGAUAUUUUGACCAAGUACAUUCAGGCCAAUGGAGAAGGUUCGUGGAGAUCAUUGCCGACAAAUUCAGGAUUGUUGAGAUGUGGGAAGAGUUGCAGGCUAAGGUGGAUUAACUAUCUGAGAGCCGAUCUCAAAAGAGGGAACAUUUCUUUUGAGGAGGAAAGUAUCAUUCUGAAGUUGCAUGCUUCGUUUGGCAACAGGUGGUCGUUGAUAGCAAGUCACUUGCCCGGAAGAACAGACAACGAGAUAAAAAACUACUGGAACUCUCACUUGAGCAGAAAAAUUUACACAUUUCAUGGGACAACUUCGUCUUCUAAAGACAUCAUCAUUACCCUACCUCCUAGGCGCAAACGUGGUAGGUCCAGCCGCUGGGCCAUGAAGAAGAACAAACAACAACAAAUUCACACUACUCACAAUAACGAAGUAGCAGUUCCUCUCCCUCCAACCCCGCCACUAAUUGAGACCGAGAAAUAUUUGUCCACCAAUAUAAUGUUAAUGGAGGAACAAUUUGAUGGGUCGUCGACUGCUAGUACAAUAACCCAUCAACAUGAAAAUAACAUUAAUACUACUCAAGAAGAAGAAGAAGAACAAAACGAAGGUGUUGAAGAAGGUGAGAAAGAAGAAAUAAUAAAUGAAGACAUAUGGGGACCGUGUGAUGAGGAAGUUAUUAACGGGGGAGAGGUAGUGUUGAAUUUUGAUGAUAUCAUGGACAAUUGUUACUUUCAGGAAGCAAGUGGGGUUUGGACCAUUUCUGAUCAUGAACAAAGGGAGAGCAAUGAUAAUAUUAAUGUGGCGGGGAAUGAAAAAGGUGUUGACGACACGUGUACCAACAUAGUGAUGUCUAGUGGGGAUGAUGAUCAGUUGCAUUCUUCCUCUUUCAUGGCUUCGGGCUUGGAUCAAAACCUCCUCACUUGGCUGUGGGAAGAUGAAGACUGGGACACGGAUCUUCAGAGCCUUGGAGAGAUUCAUAGUGACAAAUUAAAAGCUAUGGUUGAUUGGUUUCUCUCUUCAAGUUAAGGACCAUAUAUAUGUUCUCUUCUCUUCCAUUUUUUCUUUCCCUUUUUGGGAUGUGAAACUAUGGACAUGGAACCAUUUUGUCUUAGGGUAGAAUGUAAAUACACAAAUGUACGUGUUUGAUUCUUGCAUAAUUAGUUGUGCUUUUUUUCAGUAAUGAAAGGAUGAGACAUCUCACAUAUAUCAUGUUUUCAUGCAUAUAUGAAAAGUAAAUCUAAUGUCUUGGUUCUUUAC